GUAGCCGUAAAGCUCAUUAAAAAAAGUGCCAUUGAAAAUAAGCAAGAUUUGGUGAGAAUUCGGCGAGAAAUAAGAAUUAUGUCCGCACUGAAUCAUCCCAAUAUUAUACAAAUUUUCGAAGUGUUUGAAAAUAGGGAUAAAAUAAUACUCGUCAUGGAGUAUGCAAGUGGCGGAGAAUUGUACGAUUAUGUAAGCACAUUUGGAUCUCUUCCAGAACCUGAAGCUCGCCGAAUUUUUCGUCAAAUUACAUCUGCCAUUCUUUAUUGCCAUAAGCAUAAAGUAGCGCAUAGAGAUCUGAAAUUGGAAAAUAUCUUAUUGGACGCAAAUAACAAUGCCAAAAUUGCCGAUUUUGGACUUUCCAAUUAUUUCUCUGAUAAAACAUUAUUAAAUACAUUUUGCGGCAGUCCACUUUAUGCUUCACCUGAAAUUAUUAAUGGAACACCGUACAGAGGCCCUGAGGUAGAUUGUUGGAGUUUAGGAAUUCUUCUCUAUACACUUGUUUACGGGUCAAUGCCAUUUGAUGGCCGUGAUUUCAAUCGAAUGGUUAGACAAAUUAAACGUGGCGCAUAUUUUGAGCCUGAUACUCCAUCAACUGCCUCAAUGCUGAUUAGAAAUAUGUUGCGGGUGAAUCCAGAAAGGCGAGCAGAUAUCGAUGAAAUUGCUAGUCAUUGGUGGUUAAAUCUCGAUGAAAAUAUGCCAGUGAUUCAAGAACUUCCAGAAAAUCAGAUCGUCGAUCAUACGCCGUUAACAGAUCGCGCAGAAACAAUGAUAGUGCAAGAUUUGGCUGAUGAAGCUGAUGUAUUCAUGGAUUUUGGGCAUUUAAGUCCUUCAACCAGACUUAAAAUUGAGGAAUUUCGAAGACGACGUAAGGAAGCUGAAGAAUACAUUGAAAAUUCACCAAUUAAACCACCAAAAACACGAAAAACAGAUGGCACCGAAAUGUCAACACUUACAGCUGCAGAAAAAAGUUUACGUCAUGAUCCUCGAUUAAAUAAGGAAAAGGAGCGGGAACGAGUAACAGUGGAAGAACCGGAUGCAUACUAUGAACCAUUAGAAAGACUUAAACGACUCGAAUCAAGACUACAAAGCAAAGAUAAUCAGGUCCUAGCAAAUAAAGAAAUUCGUCGUUUUAAACAACCAACAUUAGCAAUUGCUAGCGAAUGCGACAGUAGUGGUAGCAGAAUGAAAAACAAAAAUGAAAGAUUGAGUCCGGAACAACCUGAUGAUCCAGUUACGUCGAAUUCUAAAAUCAGUGAGAAAUCGACCGGUACAAGUAAUGAAACUUCUAAACCAUCAUUUGUACCAUUGGAUUCCGAAGCUGUAAUUGCAGCAGCCAAAGCAUCUCGGAAGCCAUCCGCUGAAACAUGGAGAUUGGAAAUGGAUUCAUUGAAUAUACUUAUGAAUCAGGUAUUAGAACAAAUGGAGAAAGGACCGGUUAGUAUGACAUUAGUUGCACGUAUUAAAGCUCAUCCAUUUUAUGAUUCACGACCAAUGGUAAAGGAAUUAUUGGAAUCAAUUAUUGCAGCUCAACCACCAUCUGUACAAAAGCAAGCUUCGAAAUUAAUCCAACAACAAUCUCAGGAGUUAAUUAAACGACAAACAGCUGGAGCAGCAAUAGCAACAUCAAUUGGUGGAACAACAGUCGGAAUAACAGGAAGACGAAGUAGUAAAACGUAUGAGAAUGCAACUACAACAUUGGUUAAAGUAGACGAGAAACGAAUUCCCGGAAAAUAUCAACCAAAUGGUAUAGCACAAUGUAAUGGACAAAUGAAAAAUUAUAGCGAAAGACCAUGGCAUAGUGUAGAGGUUGGUUUUGAUCCGGAUGAGGAUGCAGAGCAUAAUAUCGGAACAGUGAAAUCUUUCUCUCAUAAUGAUGAACUUACAGAAGAGACUGUUCAGGAUACUUCGUUCGAAGAUGCAAGUGAUGGUGAAAUUAUCCUGGAUGGUGAUCGAAAUCAGUCUAAAGUAAAUCCACUAGAUCAUGAUGAAUCAUUAAAGGAAAGUGAAGAAUGUGAUGAUGAAGAUGAUGAGGAGGUUGAAGAAAGUGAUAGUGAAAUUGAUGAACUUGGCAAAGAAGUAGAACAGAUCGAAGAUGAAGAAAAUGCUUCAUAUCGUACAGCAUUAUCAGAGGAAAAUCUCGGCGAUUCGGGUGAAAAUAAUCCACCACCAGAUCCACAUAUGAAAGUUGUUGCACCACAAUUCGUCGAUGCUUUCGAUCGAGGCUUAGCAAAACGACAAAGCAAAGGGAAAUAUCAGCAUAGUAAAGUAGAACUAUACGGUCGAGGUGUAUCGACGGAAUGUGAAAGUCCAACUUUGCCACAUCGGCGUAUCGGUGGACCCCAACCGACCAUUGAACGAUCGCUAUUCCUCUUUGAUAAGGCAAAGAAAUAUAUUAUGACAUAUCCAAAACCGAUUGAUGAUAGUGGUGAUGAUAUUCCGGGUAGGCUUGGUAAAAAAAUUGUCAAGAAUUGGCUACGAACACAAGAUCCAGAUGUUAUGGUUACGAGUACUGAAAAUCCAGCUGAAAUUGCAAGUAGAGUUUGCUCGGUACCACCACGUUCACCACCCAAUGAGAUGAAAUCGGAUGAUGAAGUUUCGGAGUCAGAAAGUGACGACGAUGAAGAAGAUGAUGAAGAUGAAAAUGAAGAAAGUGAUGAAGAGGUUAGUAGUGAAGAAAGUGAGGCGAACAAAGUGGCACCGAACAAACAACCAGUUGAAGUUGAAAAUCGAAAAUCACAAGUGAUCAGUCCAGAAGCAGACCAUGUAAUAGGCGAUACGAAAUAUCAGAUGAAACCGAAGGCUAAGGAAGAGCAUAAUAAAAAGGAUGUAUCAUUGACGACAAGAAAAGCAAACAAACCAAUUAAAUUAGGUAAUCGAUCGUUAGCUAUACCGUCAUACGAUGCAGCUGCAUCAUUUCUACGACGUCAUAACUGGGAUCGUCGGAGACGAAAUCGUACCAUUGAUGUUUCAGAGAAUGUUUUAAAGAGCAUUACUGAUCAUCGUGACGAGGUGACGCCUAGCCGAUAUGCUGUUGGUCAUACAAUGGCAGCAACCAAUGAUCCCGUUGGAUUAUCAUUGAUUCGUACAACAGGUACACCUACUCGAUCAAUUUCACCUGGUUUAACAAUCGUUGAUCGUACUUUGUAUCCAACUGACCUUUUUUACGCUCAUAAUAAAUUUUUAAAUGAAUCGAAUGGCAAACAUUUGGCUAGUCCAGGAUACCCGAAUUCAGCUAUUUAUGGACAAAAUACACGUUAUAAUGACGACAGUUUUAGAAAAACUGCUGAAAAAGAUGCAACUUCACCGACACGGCUCAAUGCUGGAUUGAAUCAUAAUUUGUAUACGGCACGUGACGAUAAACGGAAAUCAAAAUCAGCGCAUGAUCUUUCACCUGAUCGACCUGAUUCACAUACUGGAACCAACACUAAUGUAAACAAGCUCGCUGCACCUGGUUCAUCCAUCAUUAAUCGUUAUGAUAACGAGUCAUCAGUACCUCAGUCAUGGGCAUUAGAGCCGAAAAGAUUUUACGUCUAUCAGACAAGAGCUGAACGUGAAGCCGAGAAAAAUACAGCUGUUAGUAAUUUGCAUCCUUCAUCAACGUAUCGAAUGCCAGCUUCUUCAUGGUAUAGUGGUACAUCUACCGGUAAUCAUUCCAUUUCUUCAUAUGCAUCAGAUUACAAAUCCAGAUAUGAUGAUAAUUAUCCGUAUCGACGAAACAACAACUAUGAUAGUGACACUGGAACUGGUCAUAAUGCCGAAAUGACGCCUAACAUUCAGAAUCAAACAAAUCACGAAUCAUCAAAUGCUGCAACAUAUCGUUAUCGACCAGCAGGAAGACAUAUUGCAUCAGUUCUUGGUGAUCCUACUCGUCGCAUAUAUGGCCGUUCAAAUAGUAUGGAAAGGAGUGCAUUACGUCAAGAUGAUCUUGAUUAUUUUGGUUUCCGAAAUUUCGUAACGACAUCGGACAUGCAUACUGGUGAUAAAGCAGAAUAUAGUUAUGUCAAUUUUCACGAUACAGCUGUUCGAGGAUCAACACCACAUGAACCGGAUCAUAGCAAAUUACCAACGCGAGGCAUUUUGAAAAAUAAACAAAAUGCGGAAAAUGAUAGCAGCCGUGCAUCAACCGAAAUAUCGUCAACAGGAAGUGGUCAAGGAAUAGUUGGAGGGAAAGAUCAAACAUCUGCAGCUUCUGGUAAAGUUUCGAAGGAUGAGCCAUCGAAAGCAGCAAAGAAACGUUCACUUUUUCUGGCUCUUGGACGACGAAGAACAACUGAAAUGCGUCUUGGUCCGGAUGGUAAAAUUACAGUUCCAGGAUUGGAAUCAGACUUCAAGAGACCAUCAUCACCUAUUGAUAAAAUUAAAUCACUUUUCCGGAAAAGUAAGGAAAGCGUAGCAAUGCCAGCAGCUUCCCAACAACUACCAAGCAAUUAUGCACAUCUUGAUUACGCCAACUUUUUAUCAUCGCCUUCAUCACGAUAUGGUUUCACGGACAAAGUUUAUGGUGUAUAUCCAUCAUCUCAUCUUACACCUUCAUUUACACGUGAUCCGUUUGCAUCACAAUAUCGGAAAUAUACGGGUAAAGCUGCUAUAACAACACCUGGAUCAACUAGUAGCAAUUAUAAUCGUUAUAGCUAUACAACUGGUGCAAAUGAUCGAGCAUUACGUCACUGGCAUGAAGAUCCUCAUCCUUACUAA